UCAGUAUACACAAGGAAUCUUGCGAUUUCCAGGAAGACAUGAACAUUCCUAUCCGCCAUCUGAAUAUGCUAUAGUAUGCCUACGCGAAACGUCCCUACCCGGGAACAUCGAAGUCCCAUCCGCGCUCCCCCGCGAUCCCCGGUUCGAGCGGCUUUCAGAUUCCCUUCCGACCAGCACCUACUCAUAACGACGCAGAAAGAGGUCUCGAUAUGGGACCGGGACGGCGUGAGACCGGUGUUUGAAUCUGGCUCGUGUGGAAUUCUUGCAGCUAGGGAAGCUCAUGACGGGAGUGGUCUGCUAGCCAUUGCAGAUGACCAUGUUGUUGUGCUGCACGAUUUACGGCAGGCCUUGGAUCGAAGCUACAGGCUGCGCGGAACAGACGGCAAAGUUCGUCUGUUGGAGUAUGCCAGCGACUCACAGAGCAUCUAUUUCACUACCUCGCUACAAAACGCCGACCGUCGCAAUCACUGGAGCGGCUUUUAUCAAAGGCUACCAAUCGCGAGCUGUGAGCAUCGGGAGAGAUGGAAAAGCCCGCAUUGUAGACUUUGAUCUAGGUGGCAAGAUUCUCAGGACAUGGCAUGUCAAAGCGCCAGCUACAUCGUUAUCUGUCUAUCAAACAAAGCCUGCUUCGCCGACAGGGCAGAGUCCUGGCAAAAGAAAGGCUGCCAGCCGCCCAACUUCACAAACUUCCUCUACGCAAUCGACUGCCUCUGAUCACAUCAUUGCUAUCGGCAGGCAGGAUGGGAAAGUCUUGCUCUUCAACGCCAUCGGACUCUUGCUGCAAGAGAAGGUCGUGGAUAGCGACUCGAAUCCUGUGCUGGGUGUGCACUGGACUACGAGAGCCGCGAGGCCUAUGGCCUUGGAACCGAAUACAGCCAGUAAAGCAGCGAGCCAGGCCAAUAGUGAAAAUCCCAGUGCCAUAAGUAGUGCCCUUGGAUCCCAGAAUGGUGACCUGACCAGCAAGGAGCAAACUAUUGAGCCGGAGGCAGCAGCAAAACAGGAGCACGCUUCCGAUCUAGACGACUUUCUGGCCAAUGAAGAGGAUUGGACAGAGAUUGCCCCUACGGAAGAAAUCACGCCUCUGGAAAUCGAAGGCAGUCUUGGAACCUCGAUUGACGAAGACAUGUCAGGGACAGUAAACUUUACUCCCUUGAAAAGCACGGUCGAGAGGCAGGUACCAGCUAUUCCUGCAUCGAACUAUAUGGAUUUGUUCUCCCCUGUGAAACCGGGGCAAGCAAUCGACCCUCCUGUGUCUCCCAAACGGAAUGCACGAAGGAUACGCCCUCGUCUUAGAAGCUCAACGUUUGUUGAUAAGAGCUCUAGGGAGUUGGAUUCGGCUCUUCAUUCAUCAUUGAAUAGUGUCCCGGACGACUUUUCAGCUGGUGAACCUGACCUCGCGCAACGUGGUUCGAUAGUAAGAAGCACUGAGAAGCUCGACGCUGCAUCACAACCCGAGAGUGCUUGGGAAACUACUGAUGAAGCAUCGCCUCUGACCGCGAAAGGCUCAAACGAUGCCCUAGAUGCCGCAUUGCAAUCGGAAAAUGCAUGGGAGACUGCGACAGAAGCAUCCCCGACAUCAGCAAAGAAAUCCGACGAUACACUUCACGCUGUGGGAGAAAGAUCAAAUCCUCCCAAGCUUACCGUGCGACGUGCACCAAAGGCACGAAGGAAAAAUAGACCAUCUGGCCACGCUCGUAUGCCAGGAGCUUUCAUGGCUUCUGACAUGAGCCUUCUUCCCAGAACAGAAGCUCUGAUCUCGAUAGAACCUGGCGGUGUGGGUGCUAUACGAAGGAACCAAACCGAUGGGUCUGGCUCCCACCCAAGAAAGAUCGGAAAUAUAGCUAUGCUGGCACCAUAUAUCAAUCGGCCGCAAAAGUCAUCGCAAUCAAGCAAUAAGUCGAUCGACUCAUUGGUGAAGCCACUCGCUAUACCAAGUCCAAAGCUUCAUAAGCAAUUGGACAUGGACGAGGACAUCUGGUGCACUUCGACUAACGCAUCUCCAUUGACAGCCAUUCGACCAUCCCGGAAGAGUAGACGGUCGCAACACAUCCAAUCUCCCUUAGACUCUGAUAUCCAGUCACCAUCUCUACAGUCUGAUGGCGCUCUAGACGACACAGCGUUCCGCUCCUCUGCCUUUCUCCCCAUCUCCCACGACCCGCGAUGCUCCAAGGCUCCCCAAGUACGGCCAUCUCCUCAUCCCUUACACAAUGCUAGGCCACAUCACCCCCGCUCUCCGAGAUCCCCAGCCUCUGUCCUUGCCGGGUCUCCCCAUUCGCCCGUGUACGGGUAUUCACCACCAUCCUCAUCGAAGCCUAGUGGCGACCCGCCGUCAAAACUUGGACCAGGAGCAGCACGGUGUGAUCCUCUCAGUAUGCACGAGUGGUUUCCACGUAGGAGUUCGCACGCAGCAAAGACCUCGAAGGCUCCUAGGCCAUCUAAUUCUAGAAUCACAAAUGAUGACUUUGGUACGCCACUCCGGAGACGUCUUCUACCUAAUCAAUCGCCCGGAUCACCUCUCUCACACGACUCGCCCUUCUUUUCUAGAUCGCCCGAGUCGCCCAGUAGCCUGGUUGCCAUCCAAGAUCAUCGCACAGCUACGUCUUGCUCCCAGUAUAAGAGCUCCGCAAGUACCGCGAUGCCGCCGUGUCAGCAUGAGGCUUGUGCGGAAAUGCGUGAUGAGAUGACUCGUAUGCGACAGGACAUCGAGCAAAUGAAGCUGGAAAUGAAGGAACUGAGGGAGCUUGUACGGCCAAGGUCAAAAGGGGGUUUGGGGUUUGGGAUGGGGAAUAGUCGUGGGAGAGAGGUGGUUGAUGUUGAUGGAGUACCCAACGUCGAAUGAGAAUACUGUUCCUAUUGCUGUCUAAAAGUGUUCAUCUGUUUCCAUGCCUUGUUGAAUGAUGAAUCGUAGGAAUGAUUGUGGCUCGGUGUCAUGAGGCUGACGCGGAUUAAACAUUGGCGUCCCUUUUAAGGCUAGAGUUAAGGCAGGGGCGACGGGAAGCGGUUGCUUCGGCACUCCCCAAUCCAUGGACUAGCGUACUCUCAACAUCUGUU